AACCUCCUCGUUCCCAAUUCCCUCCAAUCCAAAUUUCUAAAUUCUAUUUCACAUUUCUCGAGGUUUUCACCUAAUGGAAAAAAAAAACCCUAAUUAAACUCCCACUAGCUGUCUAAAUUUCCCCGAAUUCGCCACUCAACUCGGCCUCCUGUAAAGGGACAAGGAAAUGCCUUCAUGUCAGAUUUUGUAUGAAAUGAAUGUUGGUUUUGAUUGGACUGGUAGCUUUCAUACAUUUUGAAGGAUUUUGAGGAGUUGGUUUUGUUAAGAAAAAGUGACAUGGAGACGCCAGUUUCAGAAGGGUUGGUUUCAAAGAGGUCGUUGAGGAAGAAAUCCGCAGUGAAGAAUUAUGAUGAGAAUUUAAUGGAUGAGUUCAUAGAGAAGCAUAUAGGUGGUUCGUUUAGGAAGAUUAGAACAAAGGAGGAGUUGGAGAAAGAGACUGAAACUGAGGCAAUGAUAGCAUUAUCUUUGGGUUUCCCUAUUGAUGCGCUGAUUGAGGAUGAAAUUAAAGCAGGAGUGGUAAGAGAUAUAGGUGGAAAAGAGCAGAAUGAUUAUAUUGUUCUUAGGAAUCAUAUCCUUUCUCGGUGGAGGAGUAAUGUACGGAUAUGGUUAUCUAAAGGACAUAUAAGAGAAACCGUGAGUAAUGAAUAUGAACAUCUGUUGUCUGCUGCUUAUGAUUUUCUUCUGUAUAAUGGGUAUAUUAAUUUUGGAGUUUCACCAUCCUUUUCCUCUUACGUCCCAGCGGAGGCAACUGAGGGUUCUGUGAUAAUAGUUGGAGCUGGACUUGCUGGCUUGGCAGCAGCAAGGCAACUUAUAUCUUUUGGUUUCAAGGUCGUUGUUAUAGAAGGGAGGAAUCGACCUGGGGGAAGAGUUUAUACUCAACUGAUGGGUAAGAAGGAUAAGCGUGGUGCUGUGGAUCUUGGUGGUAGUGUAAUCACUGGCAUCCAUGCCAAUCCUCUUGGAGUUCUGGCCCGGCAACUUUCUAUUCCACUUCAUAAGGUCCGAGAUAAUUGCCCUUUAUAUAAACCUGAUGGGGUGCCUGUCAAUAAGGUAAUUGACUCGAAGACUGAAAUGAUCUUUAACAAGUUGCUUGACAAAGUCAAUGAACUGAGAAAAAUAAUGGGUGGAUUUGCUAAUUAUAUUUCUCUUGGAUCAGUUCUGGAAAAGCUAAGACAGUUGUAUGGUGUGGCUAGAAGCCCAGAGGAGAGACAACUUUUGGAAUGGCAUCUUGCUAAUUUGGAAUAUGCAAAUGCAGGAUGUCUUUCUGACUUGUCUGCUGCCUACUGGGACCAGGAUGAUCCUUAUGAGAUGGGUGGAGACCAUUGUUUUCUUGCUGGAGGGAACUGGAGAUUGAUAAAAGCAUUAUGUGAUGGAGUUCCCAUAAUCUAUGGGAAAACAGUUGAUGCUAUUAGAUAUGGUGUUGAAGGAGUUGAGGUUGUUACCGGUAAGCAAGCAUUCCAAGCAGAUAUGGUUCUUUGUACUGUGCCUCUUGGAGUCUUGAAGAGAAGGACCAUUAGAUUUGAGCCAGAGUUACCUCAAAGAAAGCUAGCUGCAAUUGACAGAUUAGGUUUCGGGCUCCUGAAUAAAGUUGCCAUGAUUUUCUCUCAUGUUUUUUGGGGAGAAGAGUUGGAUACAUUUGGAUGUCUCAAUGAUACCAGUGAUAACCGUGGGGAGUUCUUUUUAUUCUACAGCUACCACACUGUUUCCGGGGGUCCGGUGUUGAUUGCGCUGGUGGCUGGUAAAGCUGCACAAACAUUUGAGCGCACAGAUCCUUCACUCUUGCUCCAUCGCGUUCUAAGCAAACUUAGAGGUAUAUAUGGUCCAAAAGGUGUAGAUGUACCUGACCCUAUACAGACAAUUUGUACAAGAUGGGGAAAUGAUCCCUUUUCAUAUGGUUCAUACUCUCAUGUUAGGGUACAGUCAUCCGGCAGGGAUUAUGAUAUACUUGCAGAAAGUAUAGGCAAUAGGUUGUUUUUUGCUGGUGAAGCCACAACUCGGCAAUAUCCAGCCACCAUGCAUGGUGCCUAUUUGAGUGGGUUAAGGGAAGCUUCGCGUAUUCUCCGUGCCACAAGAGGUCGCCAAAACUACUUUAGGAGGUCUGUGCAGCGGAAUGUUGGACCAAGCAGUGAUCAAUUGGGUGAUCUGUUCAAGAUGCCUGAUCUAGUAUUUGGGAAGUUCUCUUUUGUGUUCAAUCCAUUAACAGAGGACCCUAAAUCAUUGGCGCUUUUGAGAAUUACUUUUGAUAAUUGCACAGAUGAUAUGAGGAAGGUGCUGGAAAAAAGCUGUGACCCCCAAUCGAAUCAAUCAUUGCAGCUGUACGCAGCAUUGUCCCGUGAACAGGCACAUGAGCUACAGAUGGUAACUGGAGAAGAUGAAAGUAAGUUGGUGUAUUUGAUAAAUAAUAUUGGAUUAAAGCUUAUGGGAGCUAAUGCUCUUGGAAUCACAUAUAACUCCUUGGUUACUAGCAUAUCUAGUGCAAGAAAAGGUAGGAGCAGGUACCGUAUAUCUGCACCACUGCUAAAUACAGUUUAGAUGAGCUACCGGUGUCAUUGCAUGAAAGUUUUGUGUACUCUUUGUUAAAAUGAAACCUAUUGAUGCAUGGUACUGCCCCAUGAGUGGAAAAAAUAUAAUGUCUUCUCUGGUGCAUGUACAUAAAACUAAUUAGGUAGGUUGUUCUUCCAUUGACGUCUAGAGUAAUGGCUUUGUCAGAGUUACUAAAUGUAGUAAAUUCUUUCUUAGCCAAAGAACGUAGAUCAGUUGGCCAAAUUGGUUGCUAAUUGAAGGAUCCAUUGGUCCAUUAUGUAGGUGUAGUAGUUUUAAGUUGUGAUUGAAUGUCAUUGUAUUUCCAUAACCAGACUCCAUAUUAAAAACUUAGUACUGUUGUAUCUUGUAUAUUGCAUAUAGUAAAAUUUUCAAUCGUUGGUGUA